AUGAGGAAAUCACCGGCGAUUAUGGCGUCCUUAAUCGUAGGAGAUAAGAUUUUUCACCUUGCGAAUCAUCUGAAAAUCGACCAUAACAAAGUUUUGUACCUGCUUAUCGAAUAUAACUGGAGUAGGCACCAAAUGGAACCUGACAUGUCCAUUCACAAAGCUGUUGUGCUUCUCAACACUCCUCUCAACAAUCAUCCUCCCUAUGAUGGCUUCAACACGGCAAGUAUUGCUAAUUGUCCUGUUUGCCAAAGGGAUACGACGUUUUGGAUGGCAGGCUGCUGCACUGUAUUGAGUGUCUUCAAUCUCCUAUUGAUGAACAGCAAGUCCUUCGUCCUUUGUGCCCACUCUAUCCUAACUUAUUAA